AUGCUGUUCUCUCUCAUGUUCUCCCCCAUCUCUUUUUCUGUCCUGUUUCUUGCCUGCCCAGGACUGAUCGUGGUGACACUGGCCGUGUGCUGGAUGCCAAAUCAGGUGCGGCGGAUCAUGGCUGCAGCCAAACCCAAGGAUGAAUGGACCAUGCCGUACUUCAGGGCCUACAUGAUCCUUCUCCCCUUCUCCAACACCUUCUUCUACCUCAGCUCCGUGGUCAACCCUCUCCUCUACAACGUAUCCUCUCAGCAGUUCCGGAAGGUGUUCUGGCAGGUGCUGUGCUGCCGGCUGACCCUGCAGCACGCCAACCAGGAGAAACGCCUGCGUGCCCACUUCAGCUCCGCCAAGGCCAGCACCAGCUCAGCCCGCAGCCCCCUCAUCUUCCUAGCCUCCCGGCGGAACGCUUCCUCCCAGAGAAACUCUUCCUCCCGGAGAACUAACAAGGUCUUCUUAAGCACUUUUCAGACCGAGGCCAGGCCCGGAGAGGCUAAGCUCCAGCCUUUGAGUCUUGAGUCACCACAGACUGACCCAGAGACCAAACCAGCUGAUGCCACGACAGAAAAUGGUUUACAGGAGCAAGAAGUGUGA